GCAAAAGAUGAUUAUAUAAAUUGGUGCCACCACUCUCUCCAUGCCCACUUCACUUUCACAUUCUCAAAGACGCUUCAAGAACAAGUUUGAAGCAAUCUCCAUCAUGGCUAGACCCCAACAACGCUAUCGUGGUGUCCGCCAGAGGCAUUGGGGCUCUUGGGUCUCCGAAAUUCGCCACCCUCUUUUGAAAACUAGAAUAUGGCUAGGAACGUUUGAAACAGCAGAAGAUGCUGCUAGAGCGUACGAUGAAGCAGCGAGGUUAAUGUGUGGUCCAAAAGCACGCACCAAUUUCCCUUACAACCCCAACGAGCCACAAUCUUCUUCUUCCAAGCUCCUCUCAGCCACUUUAACCGCGAAGCUACACAAGUGUCACAUGGCCUCACUCUCCCUUCAAAUGAACAAGCAGAAACAAUCAGCAAAAGAGCCUCAAGGGUCAUCAAACUCGAGCAACGCCAUUGCGGGAACAAGUUCUGACACGGGGUUUAGGUGGCCAGAGAAGAGACACGAGGAACUUCAAUGGCUAGAAAGGCAAGUUGAGGUGGCAGAACAACACCAACAGUUUCAACCAGUUCUUGAAGAUGAUCACAUUGAACAGAUGAUACAAGAGCUUCUUGAUUAUGGGUCAAUGGAGCUUAGUUCUGUUGACUCGGCCUAAGUAGCUAGCAUAGGCCAAUGCAGAAGGGAUCCAUGGAUGGUACUAUUAGUAAUGCGCCAUGUAAUAAAAUAUAGUGAGCUUUUAGACUUUAGUACCAUAUUCACCAUCACUUUUAUUCACUUCUCCAAUUAAUGGACAAGCAUGUGGAACCUGAAUGUCAUCAAUCAUACAAAAACCGACGCAUGCAUAUAUGAUGUCGACUAUGUUAUAGAGAUAUAUAGUAUAUUGGUAACAUCAAAAGACUACAAUUUCCCAACUUCUAUUCUUGUUUAUAUCUGUCUAAUGCAAAGGUGCCC